AUGGCUCGGCACCUGUUCUGUGCACUUUUAGCGGGGCUGCUUUUGCUUGCCCUGGGCAUGGCUCCUUGCCUUGCGCUUGAAGUGGGUGAAUCAUAUCCAGACGAGCCCGAAGGCGAUGCAGCCCAAGCCAUCAAGGAGCACGUGCGUCCCGGGUCGCUUGCGUAUCAAGAACUAGUUACCAUGCCCGUCGCCACAGAGGGUGUUACCUUUUCCCCGGGUGUCUCCCGCAUCAUGUCUGAACGCAUGUUGAACAAGCUCACGCGGCUCGGGGAAUACGUUAAAGCCGCCUGCGAUAUUGAUCUCGUUGUUACUCGAGGCUACGAAAUAGCACCGGAGAACUCAGCGUCACUCGAGCUCUUUUACGAAGGCCGUGCCGUUGAAAUCACUGCCGCCUUCACUCCCACCACUACUUGCGAGAACAUUUUUGAAGAGGUGGUGGUUGACACAUGUUAUGCGGAGAUGGCGUGCAUGGCCACGUUCGGUACCUGUCCCGAACAAGGCUCGUUCAUUGGAAAUCCUGAUGACUGUCGCUGCACCAAGACCUGUGCAUCGGGCUCCUGCCGCUGCGGUAGCAAUGUUCCCGUGUCGGAUUCUUGUUCAGCCCUCCCAAACGAAGACUGCUUUUGUGUGAAUGAAGAAUCGCUUGAUGACAGCGCCGACAUGACCACCCAGCUUGUUGAUCUCGUUCAGCGAGCGGGCUUCGAUUGGAUCAUGCGCGUUAGCACGCUGGUCUUUCAUCUCUCAGUGAUUCCUGAUGCCUGUGAAUCCCACAUUGACCUCGUCUUUCUCUUGGAUGGUAGCAACAGCGUGUCGGAGCCCGACUGGAUUCGUACCAAGCAGUUUGUGGUGGAUAUGAUCGAAUACUUCAACGUCAACACCACUUAUAGCACUAUAGGCACGCGCGUGGGCCUUGCCUGGUAUAGCACCAAUGUCAGCAAGGAGUUUGAUCUUGACACGUACGACUCUUCAGAAGAAGCUCAAUGUGCUGUUCAGCGAACCAAACGAGAGAUUGGCGAAACUUAUACGGGCAAGGCUCUCACCUAUGUCGAAGAGAACAUGUUUGCUGCCCAAUAUGGAAUGCGCACCACCAUGGACAUUGAGCAUUACUUGGUGCUGAUCUCUGAUGGCAAAUCUACGGACGACAUCGUUCUGCCUGCAAGAGACUUACGUGAUAAUGGCAUAACCAUUUUUACCAUUGGUAUCAUCAGCUCCAGCACCUCGUCCAGCGACGCAGCCGCCCAACGCUUGGAGCUUCGGACCAUUGCUGGCUCAGAGGACCGUUUCUUCGAGAUUGAAUCCAUUCAAUUCGUCUCUGAGGUGGUCGACUCACUGCGAGAAACACUGUGUGACGCCCCCCUCACUGUGCCAUGCUGUUCUGGAUCGGGAUCUCUUGCGUCUGCCAACACUCCGUCCAUGGAGAUUCUGGCUGGUGGCUACCGAUAUUUUUCUCCGACCUGUGCGGAUAAUGACGUGGACGUCAUUGUCGUACUUGAUGUCACAGCUGGGGCCUGCCUGCUCUUUGCAUCCAUCGUGGAACCGUUGCCCGGCCCUCUGGUACACAACUUCUCCGAUACGAGUUUAAGCGCACAGCUCUCGCUUCGCAUCCCUCGAGGUAGCGGCGAUACGCUCUUCGUCAGCGUUCGUGCCCCAGAUACCAGCAACUGUGAGGCCACGCUCUACUUUCGUGUUGACGCCUCGGCCACGUUGACCUUGGUAACUGAGAAUCUCGAUCAGACGAACUUUGUGAUCGACUAUAACUUUGAUCAAACCUAUAAUUAUGAAAUCGCUCGACCCCGCUGGACAAGCGUCAAUAUCAAUGGAUUUGAUUCAUCGUUCAAUAUUGGACGCGAGGUCUCCUACCUCGUCACGAACUAUUCGAAUGUCUUUUCCACAAAAAGUGACACUGGCCGGGUCUCUGUGGGAACGGCCUUGACCCCAUAUGCUGGUCAGUUCCUGAGCACCACGUUCAAAGCCGAGCGAACAGACUUUGUGUGCGUGUACGCCGAGCAAGAUUUAAGCAUGACGGUCAAGUCGCUGCCAACAACGACCACCACAACCACUACGACAACCACCACGACGACAACCACGACAACCACGACAACCACGACGACAACCACCACGACGACGACGACAACCACAACGACAACCACCACGACGACGACAACAACUACAACUACAACUACAACCACAACUACCACAACGACCACCACGACAACAACCAAAAGACGCUACGUUCCAGCCAAUACAACCGAGGCCACAUCGACCACGCUGGGCAUUAUUGCUGUUGCCCAGCCCAGCCCAAAGAAUGACAACCUGUGGUUUCUGCUCCUGUUAUUGCUCUUGCUAUUGCUGAUACCGUGCUGCAUAUACUACCGACGUACACACCAGAAAAUUAAUGUCUCGGCAGCAUUGGAAGACCCGCCCAUUGUUCCGGCACCGCUGGGCGCACCUCAGCUGCCUAUGAGUCCUCGGCCCUUCGCAGGGGCGUCAAGCUCAGCCCCCACGGCAACGCGCCGCGAAACGCCCCGAACGGUUCUCCCACAGUCGGGAGCAGGAUCCAAGAUGCCGGUCGUUCAUUCUCUCGCGGCGGCCGUACCACAGGCCCCAGCACGUUCCUCAUCUCGCGCACAGCCAAGUGCAACGUUUAUGAACCCCACUUUCAACGCCGACGCAGCUAAUGUCCCACCGCGCACAGUGCCCAGCGUGGCGCCUUUGCCUUUGCCGCCAAGCCAACCACACUUUAUUGCUGUCCGCGAACGCCGCCGAGUGAGACAUGUGGCUAUUGAAGUGUCAGACGAUGCAUAUUUUCUAGAUCCAAAAAUGAGCGACGAUUAUCCCUUCCAGCAGCCGCGCUUCGGGUAUCUUCCAGACCUCGUGGCACAUUAUGCCGCGCCCGUGCCCCGUCCGGGUUUGCGGUGGGCGCUACGUGAUGAACUUGGUGGACUGCAGCCCAGUUUCCGAUCUUAUCAACGGACUCCACUCUAUGACGUUCCAUUGACAGCGUCAAGUGCCCAGCUGAGUGACAAAGACAAGCUGGCAGACCUCGUCGAGAUGGCCGUGAUGGGUCAACUGAUUGACGAGUGCAUCGAGCUGGAAGUGACUCGCCACUUCGCUCAACGUGAAACAAGCCUCUAUGAUUCGCUGUUUGAGAGUAUUGUGGACGACGCAAAUCUGACUUUUGCUGAGAUGGAUGUGUUGCACGAGUCGGUCAACCACGCCGUUUUGAUGUCCCUGACAAAUAUUGAGGAACAACUUUACGUAGAAGGCGUCGAUGAGGCGCCCAUCGGCGUCACCGACACGGUUGAAAACGACUACGAAACACCAAUGCCCUCUGACAUGCAAUAUCGCCAGGGCAAUGCAUACCUUGAGCCUGUAGUUUUGGCGGACACUGGCUCCGAAAUCACGCUGACAUGUGACGAAAACUAUGCCAGCGUCUUUGGUACCUUUCUUGAUCCUCAGCAGCAGGCCACUGCCUCAGAAGCGGUACUUGCAGCCCUGAUGGCCGCGGGCAUUGAUAUAUCCGAUCUUACCUCGGUUGAAUUUGAAGCCGGCUCCAUUCGCAUUAAGAUCGAGGCAGGCGAUAAGACCCGGGAAGCCAUUGCCCGCGCUGUGCGCGACGGCAGGUUGAAUUUCCAGCUGCCAUACUCAGCCCAACGCGGCCCGUCGCGCUCAACAGCUUGGCAGCCACUGGAUGCGGCGCAGUGGUUUGCCUGGUAUCAACCCACGAUCGUCCGCUGGGAGGCCACCGAGAUGCUGCGGCAUCAACCCGAGGGCAGCUUCGUCGUCUACAUGAGACAAGAACAGCGUGACGUCGGAGCAGCUGAAGUGGACGAGCUGGAUCCUCCUGAGGAGCGCGAGCCAGCUGUGCCUCCGCCCAUUCCCGUUCGUGAACCGGUCCCGGCUCCAGAAUCGGAGGAAGUGCCGCCGCCUUUACCUCCACCAAUGGUGCCACCGCGCGAGCCCUUGCAGGUCGAGGAACCUCCCCCACCGCCGCCCAAGCGGGGCUCAUCACCGCCCCCGCCGCCCCCGCCAGAGGACUGGCAACCGGAGCAGUACGAGGGCCACGAUGAUGCCAUGCGGCGCAAUCGCCCUACUGCGCGCCGGGUUGCCGUGAUGGCGCGCGUGGUGCGGCGUGGCCAAAAGCUAGGCGCUUUCGUAGAUGACUCGCUCUUGGACGUGGAGGUCGAUCAACACACGCGCAUUGUCAAAGGACGGCGCAAAUCCUCAUCCGCGAGCACAAUGGAGAAUCGCACAUUUGGACAACGCAUGUUUCCACGCUUGACAAGCGCCGACGAUGGUGGCGAAGUAGAGCCGGGACUGGAGACUGAGGUCGAUGAGACACCGAAUACUUCUUCGGCCUCGCUUCAACGCAAGCCCACACAGCGGCAUGGCUCGAUUUCUGCGGGCUACGAGGACGUAGAGGUGCGCUCGAACGCUCGACGAGCUCAAUUGCUGCAAGCUGCUGCUCUCUUGACCACAGAACUACAGGAAAACGAAACCGACGCCGACGGAGAUUUUGGCUUUGAGGUAGCAGAGGCCCGGGAUCCUUGGUUGCACCGAGACCUUUCUCGCGAACAGGCGGACCGCAUCCUACGUAGUGCCGCCCAUGAUCUCUCGCGCUCUGAAGGCGAAGGCAUCUAUUUGGUGCGAACCAGUGAAAAGGCUCAAAACGCCUAUGUGGUUUCCCUGAUGUCGGGUGGGGCCCCACACCAUUAUCUCUUCCGGGAAGCCGAAGGAGGUUUUGUGCUCAAAGGCAAAUUCUUCCGCGCCACGUGUGUGCGAGAUCUCUUGAAUCUCUUCAAAGAGGAUGAUGACGUCGGCUUGGCAUGCCUCUUGACCCGCUACGUGGCCACGGAUGGAUCAUUGGAGGAUGUCAACGCCUCGGCUGUCUAGUUUGAUACAAGCAAGCCAACUCGACCUUGGUCUACGCAUACCAUCUUUGAUUUUCUGUUUAU